UUUUGUCUGCGCAACAGUUAGUGGUCAGAGUGGUUCCACAUUCCCUCUUCGAAAACAGAAAAACCCUGCUAUAAGAGCCAUCUUACAGAAAUCAAGUCAGUCAUGCAGUCCUGCAGUUCUGCUGUCUGUAUCCUGAUCUUACUGUUCAAUACAUUCACUAUUGUGCAUGAAUCAUUUGAUCCUCCAGUGAAGGUGAAUCUUCAUGACUCUGCUACUCUGCCCUGCUCUGAGAGAUGUUCUGGUUCAGCAAGAUGGACUGUGUUCAGUAAACGCAGUGACACUUUGGCUGAGUGUGAUCAGACUUCAUGCAGAUCAGUGAAGGAGGGAUAUCAGAUGAUCCAUGAUCAGUACCUGAAGGGAGAUCUCUCUCUCACCAUCACUGACGCUGAUUUCAGUAAGAAAGGCUGGUACACGUGCGACUGUGAUGGUAAAGACGUCUGUGAUGUGCAGCUGCAGAUUGAGUCCUUGAACAACCCAGUUCAGAUAAAACCCACUGAAUCAUUGGUGUUGACGCUGGAUGUAUCGGAUCCAGUGGAGGUGAUUUAUAACAGCACGGAUGCAGCUAAUCGAUCCAGUGGUCAGAUCUGUACAGUGGAUGGACCAUCACUACAGUGUACACCUGAGUACACACAGAGAGUGUCAGCAGCUCUUGAGCUGAGAGGAAUGAAGCCGUCUGACAGUGGAGUUUAUAUCAUAAAGGACAAAAGGAGUGAUGAAAUUAUUCGCACCUACACUGUGAUCGUCCAAGGUGACCCGCCAGAUCUGGACAGAGGUAACGGAGCUGCUGUACCAGUGUGGAUUUUUGUGCUGGUCGUGUUUGUUCUUGUAUCUGUGAUUGUGGUACUGACUGUGGUGAUUCGGCAGCUGAAGCAUUAGGAGUUGUUUAUCUGCAGAGCUUUAGUGUAAAUAUGAAUCUCUUCCUUUCUACAUUUUUUAUUGCACUUUACAUUAAAGUCUAUUUUUUUAUU